CUAUUUAGUUAACUUGUCGUAUAGUUACCCCCACCCCACAAAUCAGAGUUUCAACCCCCAAUCCCACUUUCACUAGUUUCACUACUCAGCCUGUUUUUGAGAAACCCACAGGACCAAUACAAACAAAAUGUCUAGUCAAGAACGAACCCCACUUGAGACUCCCCGAAAAUCGAAGCAAACCACCCGAAAAAGUCCAACUUUAGUGGCGAAAAAUCUAGCACCGGUAUUUGAAACCAUUUUUGAAAAAUCUUCUCCAGAGGUAACAUUUUUCGUAAUUUUUUUACAUGAUUUAAUUUUUCGUUUCCAGGCCUGUAUUGGGGAAAAUUUGCCCGAAAUUGGGACCCUCAGUAUUGGGUAUCACGGUCGCGAUGUCCUGGAUUUGGGAACUAAUGUUGAAUGGAAUUGGGAUUAUCGCCCUUCCAGGAAUGUUUACGUCGAUAGGGAUUUUUUCAAGUUUAGUGAAACAAGUGGUCGGUACACUGUUGUGCGGAAAAUACGCGACAAAAAUGGCCGCUAUUACUUUUUCUACCCUGAUGAAAAUUUCUAACCAAUUUUAACCGAUAUUUGAGUUUUUAUAAUUACUUGUAAUUUUUUUAAUAUAAAUAUAUUUUCUUUAAAUGUUA